GAGAAUUUGACACUGUGCGCCGAAUUGUCGGACGGCGCUCAGAUUGGUCGUCGCCUCUCGCACAGCUAAUGGCGCCGUGUCGGCCGUCUACGCCUGUCCGAUCAGCUCUUCUGCUUCUGCUGAAGACACGAGAAAUGGCUUGCUCCGCUGUCCGGUCGCCUGUCCUUCGUAGCCCUACGGUGAGGCAUUAUGCAGCUGCCGCUGCAACUCAGUGCUCCAGCGCAGCGGUCCCUGAGCUUCAGGUGUUGUCUAGCAAUAAAGUGACUGUUGCUACGAUCAAUAAUAAUAAUCCUAUCGCCCAAGUGUCAGUCAUCUUCAGAGCUGGCUCACGCAAUGAGACCUACGAGACACAAGGCGUGGCACAUCACCUCCGUAUCUGCGCUGGCCUGAGCACCUGCAGAUCAUCCGUUUUCGGCAUAACCAGGAACAUCCAACAGCUCGGUGGGAACUUGACCGCCACUACGGAUCGCGAGAGCAUCGCUUACACCUUGCAAAUUACAAGGGACAAAUUAAACAACGCUUUAACCUUCUUGGAGGACGUCGCCACCCAACAAGUGUUCAAGCCUUGGGAGCUAUCCGACCAACUGCCCAGGCUACGCUACGAGUUGUCCACCGUGCCCGAAACAACCCGGAUCAUGGAACUGCUGCACAAGGCGGCGUAUCGCACCGGGCUCGGCUAUUCUUUAUAUUCACCGAAGAGGCAACUCGGCCGGAUCAACACAGAAACCCUUCAACACUUCGUCAACACCUGGUUCACCGGCUCCAACUGCGCGGUCGUGGCCACGGGCGUGCCUCUGUCGAGCGUCGCGGAGUUCGCGACGAGUCUGAAAGUGGCUUCCAGCGACAAGGCUCCAGAAGCCAGCAAGUACCACGGAGGGGACCUCCGCAAGGAGCGGACGUCCGAGUUGGCGACUGUGGCGGUGGCUGUAGAAGGCACCGGCCUGAACAAAGAGAAGGACGUUCUCGCUUACGCCGUGCUGCAGAGAACAGUCGGCAGCGACGGGCCCCGGGUGAAGUGGGGCUCUAGCACGUCUCCUCUCCAGAGGCAGGUUUCCAGCGCAGCCAGCGCCGACCAGUUCGCCAUCUCGGCGUUCAACGCCAGCUACAGCGACUCUGGCUUGUUCGGCUUCAUCAUGUGCUCGAUGCCCAGCGUCGCCGGCUCCGUGACGAAAGCUGCCGCCUCAUACCUGAAGUCGCCAAAAAUCUCCGACGCAGACAUCGCUCGCGGCAAGGCUAUAUUGAAGGCGGAGAUACUGUACGCCGCGGACGACUGCGCUAUGUUACUGGAGAACUUGGGUCAGCAGGCGCUCUUCAAGGGUCGCGUGUACAAGCCGGCCGAUCUUGUUGCGGAAGUGGACAAGAUUAGUGUGUCUGACGUGAAGUCGGUCGCCGGAAAAGUCAGCAGCGGGAAACUGUCCAUGGCCGCGAUCGGCGAUCUAAGCACCGUUCCACACGUCGAUCAGCUAAAUUAGAUAUGAGACUUUGAACAUUCUAUCUAAGCGGUGAGCCGCUGAUUCCUCAACCUCAUGUUCAUAGUCCAGAGAUGUGCACGUUCAUCGGCGUGCGAGGAAAGCCGAAUUUCGAUGUUAAUUUAAAGAUAAUUGUAGAGCUUGUAUACAGCGCGGAGUAUCCUCGGGAUACUCGUCCGCCUAGAAUAUACGGAGAAGAAACGUGGAAUAAAGACGUUAAGAUGUUGAAAA